GGCGGAGGGGGCAGCAGCAGCAACAGCGGCAGCGCAGUUACAGUUAUUGGCAACAACAAAUACAUACACAUGCACACUCGUACACUCGUACACUCGCACAUCGAUAUCCGUAUCCAGAAGAGUUCCUUUCUAGAGUCGUCGACGUCGGGUGAAGUGGACACAAAAAAAAGUGGACAAAUUUCGAGUGGAGCAUGGACUACGGUCACCGAUGACUGCCCAGUGACUCGCAGGCGAGGCAGUUCGUCAGCCCACACAGGGACACACACACCAAACGCACACACACUCGCUUACAUGGCUCUGCGCGAGAUUAGGCAACUCCAUCCAGGACACUAGACCCUCGACCGCCAUGGCACUGGUGCACACAUUCCUGGGCACCUGGGAGAUCGUCUGCUGCACCUUCGAGGGAAAGCGGGAGCUUUCCGGUUUAGAGGGCAUUAAAUUCCGCCUGGAUGACACCAGCGAUAUUACCUGGUACAAUGACCUGGUCAGCCCACUGCCCGAAUCGAAGGACUGCGGCACCUUCUGCGAAUCGGCCAGCGUGCUCUUCAGCUGCGAGACCUUCGACGUCCACGAGCUCAAUCCGCGUCUCGUUUUCGGUGCCUUUGCCGGCCACAGCAUUGAGUUUAGUACCAAUACCUUAACGCCGACUGAUACGCUGGUUUUGAGCUGCGAGAACUGGUAUGCCGUCGAGUGCAAGCGCCUGCAGGAUGGCCAGGCUGCCGGCCAGGAGAAGCAGCUGAGCUUCGGCGAGGCCCUGCAGGAGUCCUACUUUAGCGACGUGAUGGUCAAGAGCUCCGGCGGCCUGGAGUACGCCCUGCACGCCUCCAUCCUUCGGCUGAAUGGCUUCGAUUGCAGCAUGUGCGUGAAUAGUGCUCCCUCGUCGGCGGCGGGGGCGGCCGCUCGUCCUGCGGCGAGGACCUGCCACAGCGGUCCGAAUACCCCUAAUCCCAUUAGGAUAUCCGUGGCCCCGGCCAACGAUGAGGGCGGGCAUGACAAGUCCCUGCCACGCCUGAAUCUAUCGCCCAUUUACCUGCAGCCGCCCUGUGACUUCCAGACCAUGCCAGGCUUGGGCACCCAGCGAAUGCAUCAGUUUAGCAGCAGCUUCAAUUGCCUGAGCAACGGCAAUGCCGGCGAUUCGGCCUCGGUGGCCAGGACGACGGGUCUGCUGAGCCUCGAAUGUGGCGGUGGCGGCGGUGGCGGCGGUGGCAUGUACCGUCUGCCGCCCACCUCGCAUUCGGAUUCGCACCUGGAAACUUCGCAGUCGCACUGCAAGAACAUAUUCAACUUCUGCCAGGACCUCAUGCUGCAGCCGACACCCACGCCCCUGCCACCGGCCACUGGUCUGGCCAUCUGCAGCAUCCGGAGGCCGCCGUUGUCGCCGUACCGCGCACGCAGUCCCUCGCCGUUCCCCAGCUCCAUGGACACGCCGCCCUCGUCGCCACUGACGCCCGUGGGCGUUCUGUGCAACCUGCCCACCUUCCUGCUGGGCCCCAUCCUCCACUGGCUGUACACGGAGUCACUGCUACCCGAUCUGGACGAGGAUGUGUGCGAGAAGCUGAUUAGCUUCGCGGAAUCCCAGCCGUCGCUUACCAAACUGGUGGAGCCGACUCGCAAGUACCUGCGACUGAUACGACUCAAGAAAUUUGUGGUCAACGUUACUAUGGAUCUGCAUGGCAUUCUCAAUCGGGUCAUUCAGUGCAUUAAUCCGGGGAACAUUACUCGCGAUCCGGCGCUACUCUAUGCAACAUUUCAGGAUGCCCUGCGCGAAUGUGCCAUAGGCUGCGCCAAGGUGCUUCAAUUCUGUAAUAUCUUCAUCACGGACGCCACACACAUGACACGAUAUCAAAAGAACGAAAUUGUCAAGUACGUACGCACCCGCAUUCCCAUUUUUAUGUCGCAAGUUCAACAGCUGCUGCAGAACGUACUCGGGGUCUUUGUGGGCCUGAGUGUCGAUGAGAAGGCCGAGUUGGUGAAUUACCUAGUACCUGAAAUUGAAUCAACCUUAUUUGUAUUGACCGCUGUGAUAGAGGAAAUCAAAAUCUCAUUGGAAAUCAUGUGUAAGGACCUUAAGUGUUCCCACUUGGAUCUCCACCUACAACAACAGCAGGCCGACGAUGCUAUUGUCAUGCAAUUGCAGAUUGCCGAUGGAGGCGAACCCUCUCCACGUCCUCGUCGCGGUGCUCCCGUGGGUCUGACGCUCUAUGAUAAUCUCACGGACAAGCAGCGCCUGAGUUCCGCGGAGAACGAUCUGAAAUUCGUUCUCUACAUGUACGAGGUGCGAAAAAUGCGCGACAUUUACGGCCGGAUUGUGGCGGCCCUGGAAAUAAUUAAGGACAAAAAGAGUACAUUCUGCGAAAUGGAUUUUCUGAGCAAAAGUAGCACAAUCCACCAGAACCUCGAGCAACUGAUCAUGGACAUUCCCGCAUACAUCUUCAUCGUGGAGAACUUGUCGGAUCGACUGGACGACAAAUUGGGCUGGAAGGAGUUCAAGUUUUGCUUCAAGCUGGCCACCAGUCAGAUAAACGGCGUCAUUGCCAAGUUACUCGAUCACAAGGAUGGCCUGCGGGAUGCGAUCAGUCAGAUCUGUUUGCUGGUGCGAAAGCAGGAGUUCACACAGUCCGUCAUUGAAUUGGGCUUAUUGGACGGCACCAGUGGGCUGUCGAACAAUCUGAAAAUGGCCGAUCAUGAGAACAACCUAAAUCAGGGGCUAAGCGAUAAGGAAAAGCCGAUCUAUCUGGAUCGCAAACAAUAUUAUGAUUAUAAUAGCAUUAAGUUAAACCUCAUACGACAUCUCUGUGAGCCACCCAUUGCCGCCAGUAGUAAUCUCUCGAAGAACGCCCUGCGUCUGCUGCACUCAACCCAACUGGCCGACAUGGAGUUCGAGGUGCACACCUAUGCCUCGACACCAAGCAAAUCAGAGGCGGGAACUGGAAGUGAAAGUGCAACUGCAACUGAAACAACAACGAAGGCCCUUCAGGUGCACAGCUUCAAGGCUCACAGGGUGAUCGUCGCCGCUCGCUGUGAGUGGUUCAAGAAGGCCCUGAUGUCCGGGAUGCAGGAGUCCAUCAAUCGAAAGGUCAUCAUCACAGACACCUCACCCGUAAUAUUCCGGCGCCUGUUGCUCUACCUCUACGGUGCUCCCAUCGAUCGUACAGUUGGCGCCGAACAGGUCUGCGAACUGAUGCUCCUGGCAGAUCGUUACUCGAUCGAUGAUCUCAAGGAAUUGUGCGAAAAUACCCUGUACUCCCUAAUUGACGAGGACUCCGUGGUCUGCCUACUGGGUAUUGCGGAUCGCUACAUGGCCACCGCAUUGAAGUCGAAAUGUCUUUCCUUUCUCUCGCAACAUGCGCAACUGACCAAGUGUGAAAUAUUCAAGGAAUUGCCACAGACACUUCAGCUAGAGGUUAUGGAUUUGAUACAUUGGUUUGGACGCGUCUCGGAGCCGUGGAACGAUCGCGGGUUCAAGCCGCGCAGCAGCUCGCGGCACAGCCUUAAGAGUCCUUCGAAGCCACGCUCGCGAUCCCGCAAGUCCUCGCCCUCCUACAUGUGACGCCGACAAAGCGCCAUUGAACACACGAAUGCCAACUUCUUGUGAUAAUUUUAGAAGACUUCGCAAUCCAGACGGAUAAUAUAGUCAGUAAGGAAGUGAGGGCAUAAUGAAAGCCAUGAGUUUAGACUUAACCGGGUGAGAGGAAGAUUGUUUAAAUCAGCUACAGGAAUGACAGGGGCUCUCGUCCCGCGUCUCUGUCCUGGUGAAAUAUAACAUAAUAUCACCGGGGCAGAAGGACUAGCCCUAAAUAUCAAGCCAAAGAGCGAAAGGCACACAUGACCUGAUUUUAAUGAGUUUUACUAAGUUCACUAGUAGAUACAUAGAUAGGAAUUUGGCGUAUUCACACUUUUCUCUAAUUAAUUUACGUAUGUGUAGGAAUGAUAUUUCCACAGGUGUUACCCAUUAGGGCCAGACAACUGAAAUAUGUAGGUAGAAGCACUAGAUCGAAUUGAUUUUUGGACAAAGAUCGGUGUAACAGUUACGUUAUGUAAAUACACAAUUGAGUAAUAUAUAUAGAAAGAAUUUUCGAAACCACUCCUUUAUUUUGAGAUUUCUUUAGUUUUGUGGUCCACUUGUGAGGUAGGUUAGUUGUACUCUUGUAUUCUGACGGGUAGGUAGAAUUUAGUCCUUUGGAGAAGCCAAAGUGAAUAAUUGUUUUAUAUUGGGCAAACGGAAUAUUGACAUAAUACCAACAUUUUCGGUCCACCGAAGAUUAUGUGCUACACUAUUUUAAACUAACUAGUGUAUUUUGACAUAUAGACACAAAUUAAAUUUAACAUUAGACUAUUGACCCCGUGACGAAUUCCCUUACAGUGGCUAUGGGAAAAAGGGCGGAUUUUAAGUAACGAACGCAGCGUAUUUUUUCAUUCGAUUUGAAAGCGUAUCAAAUUAACAAAAUAUAUGUACAAAUAUUAUGUGUAAAUUAUAUUAUUGUACUUAUUCAAUACAUUUCUUGUUGUCUUUUUAAA